ACUACACCAGCCAAGACUCGUCAGACUGGUUCUGUUGAGAUCAUCAGUGACUUAUUUCCUCACUUCAAUUCAGCCCACAAAGUCAUUGAUAGAGCUGGAUUCACACACUUGGAUGUAGACCUCGACCUUCACAGGACUCUUCAUUGCUGGUUGGCAAUGAUGUAUCGGCCAGAUGUGGUGAGGGCUAGGAAAAGAGUUUGUUGGGAACCCUGGGUUAUCGGCCUCAUCAUCUUCAUAUCCCUGAUUGUCCUGGCAGUGUGCAUUGGACUCACUGUUCAUUAUGUGAGAUAUAAUCAAAAGAAGACCUACAAUUACUAUAGCACAUUGUCAUUUACAACUGACAAACUAUAUGCUGAGUUUGGCAGAGAGGCUUCUAACAAUUUUACAGAAAUGAGCCAGAGACUUGAAUCAAUGGUGAAAAAUGCAUUUCAUAAAUCUCCGUUAAGGGAAGAAUUUGUCAAGUCUCAGGUUAUCAAGUUCAGUCAACAGAAGCAUGGAGUGUUGGCUCAUAUGCUGUUGAUUUGUAGAUUUCACUCUACUGAGGAUCCUGCAACUGUAGAUAAAAUUGUUCAACUUGUUUUACAUGAAAAGCUGCAAGAUGCUGUAGGACCCCCUAAAGUAGAUCCUCAGUCAGUUAAAAUUAAAAAAAUCAACAAGACAGAAACAGACAGCUAUCUAAACCAUUGCUGUGGAACACGAAGAAGUAAAACUCUAGGUCAGAGUCUCAGGAUCGUUGGUGGGACAGAAGUAGAAGAGGGUGAAUGGCCCUGGCAGGCUAGCCUGCAGUGGGAUGGGAGCCAUCGCUGUGGAGCAACCUUAAUUAAUGCCACAUGGCUUGUGAGUGCUGCUCACUGUUUUACAACAUAUAAGAACCCUGCCAGAUGGACUGCUUCCUUUGGAGUAACAAUAAAACCUUCGAAAAUGAAACGGGGUCUCCGGAGAAUAAUUGUCCAUGAGAAAUACAAACACCCAUCACAUGACUAUGAUAUUUCUCUUGCAGAGCUUUCUAGCCCUGUUCCCUACACAAAUGCAGUACAUAGAGUUUGUCUCCCUGAUGCAUCCUAUGAGUUUCAACCAGGUGAUGUGAUGUUUGUGACAGGAUUUGGAGCACUGAAAAAUGAUGGUGACAGUCAAAAUCAUCUUCGACAAGCACAGGUGACUCUCAUAGACACUACAACUUGCAAUGAACCUCAAGCUUACAAUGACGCCAUAACUCCUAGAAUGUUAUGUGCUGGCUCCUUAGAAGGAAAAACAGAUGCAUGCCAGGGUGACUCUGGAGGACCACUGGUUAGUUCAGAUGCUAGAGAUAUCUGGUACCUUGCUGGAAUAGUGAGCUGGGGAGAUGAAUGUGCGAAACCCAACAAGCCUGGUGUUUAUACUAGAGUUACGGCCUUGCGGGACUGGAUUACUUCAAAAACUGGUAUCUAAGAGAGAAAAGCCUAAUGGAACAGAUAACAUUUUUUUGUUUGUUUUUUGGGUGUAGAGGCCAUUUUUAGAGAUACAGAAUUGGAGAAGACGACUUGCAAAACAGCUAGAUUUGACUGAUCUCAAUAAACUGUUUGCUUGAUGCAUGUAUUUUCUUCCCAGCUCUGUUCCACACAUAAGCAUCCUGCUUCUGCCAGAUCAACUCUGUCAUCUGUGAGCAAUAGUUGAAACUUUAUGUACAUAGAGAAAUAGAUAAUACAAUAUUACAUUACAGCCUGUAUUCAUUUGUUCUCUAGAAGUUUUGUCGUCAGAAUUUUGACUUGUUGACAUACAUUUGUAAUGCAUAUAUACAAUUUGAAGCCCUCCUUUUCUUCAGUUCCUCAGCUCCUCUCAUUUCAGCAAAUAUCCAUUUUCAAGGUGCAGAGCAAGGAGUGAAAGAAAAUAUAAGAAGAAAAAAAUCCCCUACAUUUUAUUGGCACAGAAAAGUAUUAGGUGUUUUUCUUUUUCUUAGUGGAAUAUUAGAAAUGAUCAUAUUCAUUAUGAAAGGUCAAGCAAAGACAGCAGAAUACCAAUCACUUCAUCAUUUAGGAAGUAUGGGAACUAAGUUAAGGAAAUCCAGAGAGAAGCCAAGAUAUAUCUUUAUUUUCAUUUCCAAACAACUACUAUGAUAAAUGUGAAGAAGAUUCUGUUUUUUUGUGACCUAUAAUAAUUAUACAAACUUCAUGCAAUGUACUUGUUCUAAGCAAAUUAAAGCAAAUAUUUAUUUAACAUUGUUACUGAGGAUGUCAACAUAUAACAAUAAAAUAUAAAUCACCCA